AUGGCAUCAGCCUUGCGUCAGCUAACGCUGAACCUCUCCCGAGCGGCGGUGGUGCUUCGAAGCAGCGGCGGCGGUAGUGUUCAGCAGGCGAAGUUGCUGCACUCCUGGCCACCAGUUCGAAUUGCCGCCAGCCUGAAGGCGCCCAAGUCCUCGCAGUUGGCCUUCCAGCAGUCGAGCAAUCACCCGAAUCACCUCCUGCUGGCCGCCCCCUUGGCCCCGAACAAGCUGAUCGUCCGCAACGGGCACAAGGUGCCGCUCACCUACGACUACAUUCGCGAGCGCAUCCUCCUCGUCCUCAGGCUCUACGACAAGAUUGACCCGGAUAAGCUGACGCUGGACUCGCACUUCUACAAUGACCUCGGCCUGGACUCGCUGGACCACGUCGAGGUGAUCAUGAGCAUCGAGGACGAGUUUCAGUUUGAGAUACCUGACGUGGACGCGGAGAAGCUCAACACGCCGCGUGAACUCCUCAAAUACAUUUCCAUCAAGGAGGAAAUCUACCCCGAGCUGGAGCACCACGAUGAUCACGGCCACGGUGAUCAUGGCAAGCACUGA